AUGCAAGCUGAUACUCCUAGAAACAAUCUGGACUCAGAGAUAAAGAAGAAAAGAAUUCCCAAAAGACGAUUUAUAGGCCACAAGACUGGAUCAGAUUCUCACAGUGUGUCUACCAGCAAUGAUUCAGACUUCAAAUCGCUAGUCAGAAGAACUGUCAAAACCAGAAGAAAUCUAAGAUUAAUUACUCACAUCCCCAAGGACAUAUUAGAAAAUAAAGAAAUAAAUGAGGCAAUCAAGCUUUUGCCUUCCAACUAUAAUUUUGAAAUACAUAAAACAAUAUGGAAUAUACGCAAAAAUAAUAGUAAAAGAGUUGCAUUGCAAAUGCCCGAGGGUCUACUAAUUUAUUCUUUGAUCAUUUCUGACAUACUCGAACAAUUUUGCGAAUGCGAAGUAAUAGUGAUGGGUGAUGUCAGUUAUGGGGCUUGUUGUAUCGAUGAUUACACAGCAAGAUCAUUGGGAUGUGAUUUCAUAAUUCAUUACGCCCACUCAUGCUUGGUUCCUGUGGAUAUAACAUUGAUUAAAGUAUUGUAUAUCUUUGUCACCAUAAAUAUUAACGAGAAACACUUAAUCAGUACCAUAAAGAGGAAUUUUCAGGUUCAUGAUAAAUUAGCAUUAUUCGGAACUAUUCAAUUCAAUCCCACUUUACAUUUAGUCAGACAGAUAUUAAAUGAAGAAAAUUAUCAAAUCAUAACUCCUCAAAUAUUGCCGUUAUCAAAAGGUGAGGUAUUGGGUUGUACUUCUACGAAAUUGGAUGAAAAUGAAAUAAAAGCAAUGAUAUAUAUUGGUGACGGAAGGUUUCAUUUGGAAUCAUCAAUGAUUCAUAACCCUAAUAUACCUGCUUUCAGAUACGAUCCAUAUUCUAAAAAAUUUACUCAAGAAUAUUACGAAAUCAAAGAGUUGAUUGAAGUUAGAUCUGAUGCUAUCAAAAGUUGUGAAAAAUGUGAAAAAUUCGGAUUGAUUAUAGGAUCAUUAGGUAGGCAAGGUAAUUUAUUAACAAUUGAAAUGAUUGAAAAGGUUUUAAAAGAAAAUAAUAAAACUGUUAUCAAAAUUAUACUAUCGGAAAUAUUUCCUCAAAAGUUAUCAAUCUUUGACGAUAUAGAUUGUUUUAUUCAAGUUGCAUGUCCGAGAUUAAGCAUAGACUGGGGAUAUGCAUUUGAUAGGCCAUUGUUAACACCAUACGAAGCAAUGGUCCUAUUUGAAAAAGAUAAAGGCAUAACAGGCGAUUAUUAUCCAAUGGAUUAUUAUGCUAAAGAUGGAUAUGGUAGGGGCAAAACUCCCUUAAAUCAUCAUAUAGAAUCGAGUUAA